AUGCGCAUUCCCCACCACGCAUCGGCUUUUCGCCCAUCCACAUCGUACACAGCCUUGUCCGAUGCUGCCUCGCUUGUGCCCCGAGCAACGGCCGAGAGAGUUCAGAUGCAAUGGACUCUAGCGGUAGUCUGCGGUUUGAUCAUUGGCGUGAUUUCUCUGUCCCUGGCUAUCCCACCGUGCAUUCAUGCGUUCAGACAGCUUCGCGAAGUUCGCCAGCAAGCGUUGCCGAAUACGAACCACAUCCAGUUUGAGCAGGUCGCUGCGCCUGAUGCUACGUCAACCCAACCCCACCAAGCAGAGGAGAAUGCAGCGCAACCCCUGCCUUUGUCAGACUUCUCAUCGCCAUCCGCAUCAGUUGUCACAAUCGAUCAUGUCGACAUCAAUGUAAAGUUUACCGGUCACUCGAGAGGCUUGGAAAAUGAUGGAGACGUGAUUGCGUUGGGCAACUACAGGCACCACGGGUAUAAUGGACAAGACUGGGCUCAUCAGCCGGAGGAUGCGGAUCAUUCAUCGCCGGUUGGGUCCAAUAAAGGUGCUGCUUUGGUUGCUGCACUGCUCAGCACCGGAGUGCUGCUGUUGAACCCCGUGAAGGAGUUUUUGUACCCCGGUAUAGGUGGUUGA